UCCGCUUCCACCACCAGGCACACCCACCAACCCUGUGUUUCUUAACUGUGGAAAGUUCACUCUUAGUGUGUUUCAAUGGGGAAGAAAGAAGCAUGGAUUUUGAUAUUGGUUAUAAUGCCAGUGUUUUCCCGGUGGUGGGGAGUUCGAGGAAUGGGUUCCCCUUCAUCGUUUGUCCCCUCUUCCUCUUCUAAUUCGUUUGGCGUUUUUUUCUCCCCUUCUUCCUCGUUUAUUCCUUCAUCAAUUCAUGAUUCGUAUGUCAUUUCUUCUAUUUCUUCCUCCUGUCUCGUUGAUUGUUGUGAGUCUACUACAUCCGUCUCCUUCUCUCCUAUUCUUAAUCCACCUUCUUCCUUUAGUCCUACACCCGUUUAUUCAACUUCUCAUUCGGCCUCCUUAUCUAGUCUCUCCUUUACAUCGAAUUCCUUUUCACUCUCCCUUUCCUCCUCCUCCAAUGAAGAUGAUCAUCUGAUUAGAAGGAAACGAGACUUCGGAUAUUUCAAAAGAUAUAUAGAAGGUAUGGAGAAGUGUGACCGUACAGGCUGGGGCUACUGGUGGGAAGAGUCUUGUGACAACAUCGCCCACUGUCCUGACUUAAAGGAUGAAACGUUAUGCUCUUGUGACAUGAUGGUGCCUCUCGAGUACAUUUGUGAUGGCUAUCUGGAUUGUCCCGACCUCACUGACGAGCGCGGUUGCAAAGGCUGCAACAGGGAUGAGCUGAGUUGCGUGGCCAGAGAGGGGGAAGAACAAGUAUGUGUUAGGCCCUGGCAGUUGUGUGACGGUGUGGCGCAGUGCUUCGAUGGUGAAGACGAGGCCUUCUGCUGGCGCCUGGAAUCCACACCUGAGGACGUGAAGGGUUACGUCAGCUUCCGGAGCAGUGGUUACCUGCAAGUCAAAAGAGAACAAGAGUGGCGCCCUGUCUGUUUAGACGCAGACCAUAACCCGGUCCCUCUGGUGACUUAUUUCUGUGACCUGGUGGUAGGAGACAGGUAUAACAAGGAUGUUCAUAAAGUGGAGGCGGUGAACAAGUCAGGGCACGUCAGUACUACGAAAUGGGCGCGUUACGAGGAUAUGGGUGUGCAGGUAGAAGUGGCGGACAGCUGUGAGGGUGGACAUGUGCUUGAGAUUACCUGUGGCGAGCCUGGCUGUUUUGCCGGGGAGGGUCGCGUAAACAUAGCAGAUAAGCAAGACAAGCGAGUGGUUGGAGGAGGAGACGCCUCGCCCUUCCAGUGGCCUUUCAUUGUCGCUAUUUUGAAAAAUAGCGUCUAUUCGUGCGGCGGCACUAUCGUCACCUCAUCUGCCAUCCUCACUGCCGCCCACUGCAUAGACGAAGGACCGGCAUCGUACUACGAGAUCCAAGCAGGGAUGCUUCGAAGAAACUCGUGGUCUCCGUUUGAGCAAUCUCGCAAAGUGUCUCAGAUCCUGCCCCACCCAUCAUAUACGGGCCUCAGUAACGACGUGGCUUUAUUCCUGCUGGAGGCUCCUCUGCAUCUCAACAGGUGGGUUCGCCCCGUGUGUCUUUCCGAGGCCCUGUACCCUAAGAUGGACCAGAUAUGUACCGUAGCUGGAUGGGGUACCUUGCAAGAGGGCGGAGAUACACCCAAGAAGCUGCAGGAGUUGGAUCUUCCUGUCCUCAGCACCUGCUUGGCUGACACGCAUCUGAGUGACGAGCAGGUGCUGUGUGCUGGCUACCCUGAGGGGAAAAUGGACGCCUGUCAAGGGGAUUCUGGGGGACCCUUAAUGUGUGGCAACGAGGAGAAUGGUACAUGGGAGCAAGUGGGUGUAGUGUCCUUCGGGGAAGGUUGCGCUAGAGCAGGUAACGCCGGUGUAUAUGCCAGAGUCACCUAUUUUUCUACGUGGAUAAUUAAAACUGCAGAGACGACCAACUCUUAAGAAGUCAACAGAUCACGCGGGGACGCCACAGAACGCCUGACUUCCGAUCUUUCUAAGAUUUCCGAUUGGGGCAGAGAAAAUCUAGUAGUUUUCAAUGCCUCAAAACUCGAUUCCUCCGUCUUCCAACUCGACACAAACUUCCAAACAACUAUCCCCUGUUCUUCAAUGACACUCAACUGUCUCCCUCUUCCACAAUGAAUAUCCUCG